AUGCUUUGGAGGACACUUCGCGAUGAGCCGGUUACGUACGAGGCUUCCAUCGAAGCUUCUGAUUACUUUGAUAAGCUGAUUUUGAUCUGGCGGACUCAGUGCCAAUCCGUUAAUCGACGUAUUUUUGGUAGUGUAGCCGUACAACCGGAUAAUGAGCUUUACAGUACUGUUUUACACAGUGCUUCUGAAGUCCUCAGUGCUGAACUCGACCACUCCGUAUGCGAAGUUCGAAAACUGAUUCCGAAGGAUACCUUGUUCUCACAGAAAUGUUUUGAAGUUUCUUAUCAUGAAGACGAGCUUACUGUCAUAUUCAUACCUGUUCAACUGGAUCUAUGCAACAAUAAGAAAACUGCUCAUAUUCCUUUCCCGUAUAAAAUAAGCUGCCAGUUGUCUUCUGAGCAAAGUCUUCGAUUGAUUAUAUCUGUCCCCACAAGUGCCACGGAUAGCGAUUGUCGAUGGCUCCUCAAUACUGUCUUUCCUGCGUUGCACAAAUGGCUUCGUUUCAUUGACCCUCACAAGGCGGUGCGAAAAACUAACAAUCUGCUGGAUCUUGAAGAGUAUAGCCAUCGCUAUAAGCGAAUCAAAGAGCAAUACGGUCGAAGUCUGGUUGAGAACUGGACGGAAAAGACUGACCCAAAGAAGUUUGUUUAUGAGGACUGUGGAAUAGCAACUUAUCUUUUGGAAUUAUGGAGAAAAAGGGGACAUGUUCCAAAGAAGUUUGCAGAUCUAGGAUGUGGAAAUGGGUUGCUUGUACAUCUAUUGAACAAGGAGGGAGUAGAUGGUGUUGGCAUCGAUAUUCGGAAACGGAAGAUUUGGUCGGAACAGCUCUCUGAAACAUCGUUGAUUGAGCAGAUUGUUGACCCUUCCCAGAAAGAUAAUUCUAUUCCAUCCGACGUGGAUUAUCUUAUCGGUAAUCAUACUGACGAAUUGACGCCAUGGAUGCCCAUUAUGGCUGCAAGAAGGAACAUCGAAUUUUUUGUGCUGCCGUGCUGCCCAUUUACCUUUCAUGGAAAAUAUGUGGCCAGGCCUGGUGAUACAGGUAGCCAGUAUGAUUCUUUUCUGAGAUUUAUCAAGGAGAUAUGUGCUCGUCUAGGUUAUACUGUAGAAGAGGAUCGAUUGAGUAUUCCCAGUACAAAAAGACUUUGCUUCGUAUGCUCUAUACCUCCCCAAGGAUUAGUGCAAGAUGUUGAGAAUGUUAUAGAGGAACUCACAGGCUCCGCAACCAAAACAUUUGUAGCUAGACCAAAGGUUGAGCGGAUUAGAAAUUGUCUGAGUGUACCAGCAGAGAUAAGAUCAAAUCUAACGAAACGGUUUUUUGACGAGAUUCUGCGUAGGAGUGAUGAGCGAAAGGAUGGUUGGCGGUGUGGUGGUGCUGUGGAGCUUGUGAAAUUGGCGGCACUGCUGAUUAAUGAAGAAAAACAGUUGAUGAAACAACAGUGCGGUGGACUGCAAACCUUUUUGAGGAAUCAGCAUCAAGUCUUCAAGGUCACUGGUGGAAUGGCUCGUCUGCGUGACUUUCGCGAAGAGGUGACGCGAAAGACCAAAAAAGCCAAAGUUACGGUUCCUCGUAAUGGUGUCACUCCAUGCUGGAUGGCAGAAAAUCAUCCAGAUGGGUGCCCUAUGAAGGACAAAUGCCACUUCAAACAUUAGGUAUCUGGAUACUGUGAUUACUAAGCACAUUCCUUUCAUAUCUCUAUGUUCUCCAUUUGUUUUUUUUUUGCACUUCAGACUUACCCUUACAUUCUCUUUUUUCUUACUGAUAUCAUGAUUCU